AUGGACCUAAAGCCAGUCGGAGCGCGCGAUGAUGUUGAGUUGUGUAUGUCAUCCUCAGGUCCCACGUUGACCUUUCACGACAUUUACUACUGUGUGAGAGAGAGCAAAGGACCCUGCCGAAGAGGACCUGAGAAAGUCAUCCUCAAAAAUGUCAGCGGCAUCAUGAGACCUGGUAUGAAUGCCAUCAUGGGUUCUACAGGAAGUGGAAAAACAUCGUUAUUGGAUGUGAUUGCUGGCAGAAAAGAUCCACGAGGUUUUCGCUCAGGACAAGUUCUUCUCGACAACAAGCCUGUGAACACUGAUUUUAGACUCAUAUCUGCUUAUGUGGUGCAGGAUGAUAUUCUGAUGGGAACUCUCUCUGUUAGAGAAAAUCUUUUGUUCUCUGCUAAUCUGAGGCUUCCGCGAGAACACUAUUCUUCAGAUGACAAGGACAAAAAAGUCGAGACCAUCAUUCACGAUCUUGGUUUGCAGGACUGUGCUGAUACCAAGAUAGGUACAGAGUUUUUGCGUGGUGUGUCAGGAGGAGAACGAAAGCGCUGUAGUAUUGGGAUGGAACUCAUUACCUCACCUUUGAUCCUGUUCCUCGACGAACCGACCACAGGCCUUGACUCCAACACAGCCAAUAGCAUUAUGGCUCUGCUCCACAGGAUGUCACGCAGUGGUAAGACCAUCAUUUUCUCCAUCCAUCAGCCUCGUUACUCCAUCUUCAAACAUUUUGAUCACCUGACUCUGCUGCAUAAAGGAGAGACUGUGUAUGCUGGGGCCGCCAACAAAGCAAUGGACUACUUUGAGAACCUAGGCUAUGUCAUUGAGGCAUUCAACAACCCUGCUGAUUUCUUUCUGGACAUCACAAAUGGAGAGAUCUUUCCAACAAUAAAAACCGAGAAAUCAUUGGCUGAGAUCUACAGAGAAUCUCAGAUAUGUGCUGAUGUUACAGAGGAGCUGAGCCAUGUGACUGGUCUAUCAGAUUCUACAGUCAGAGGCAGUGGCAUGAAAGCAUCUUACGUCACACCCUUUUUCUACCAGUUAAACCUGGUGUGCCGGAGGACAGUUCUGAACAUUAUCAGAAAUCCCCAAACAUCCUAUGCUCAGAUGGCCCUGAACAUCUUCUUCGGCUUGUUAGUGGGACUCAUCUAUUUUGACUUACCUCACACUCUGCCUGAGGCCCUGCAAAACAGGAUUGGAGCCUUCUUCUUUCUCAUCAUCAACAUGGUGUUUGCUAAUCUGUCUGCAGUGGAGCUCUUCAUCAAUGAAAGGAAACUAUUCGUACACGAGAACUCCAGUGGAUACUACCGAACAUCUGUCUAUUUCCUGUCUAAGGUCUUCGUUGAUCUGAUUCCAAACCGCCUCAUACCCAUAAUCAUUUUCUCUGCUAUUUGUUACUACAUGAUGGGGCUGAAGCCAAACAUUGAGGCCUUCUUGCUGUUUUGUCUGACCAUGGCUAUGACCAGUCUGUCUGCGGUCAGCAUUGCCUUCCUGGCCAGUGCCAGUGUCAACUCCUUCGCCAUGGCUAACAUCCUCGUCGCCCUGCCCUUUGUCUUUAUGAUGGUCUUUGGGGGCUUCCUGGUCAAUCUGAACUCCAUGCUUAGCUGGUUGGCCUGGCUGAAGUGGAUAAGUAUCUUCCGCUAUGGAUUGGAUGCGGUGACCAUAAACGAAAUGAAAGGCCAGAUCUUUAAGAGUAAUUAUACUAUUGUGACAGGAGAGAUGUAUUUGAAAACUCAGGGUAUAGACUACAGUGCUUGGGGUUUCUGGCAAAAUCAGGUGGCUCUGCUGGGGAUCAUGCUAGUGUGUCUGGUGUUGGCCUAUAUUCAACUACGCAGGAUCAACCGCUGGAAGUGA